AUGCAUCUAGUCAAUAAUAAUGAUCGAUCAGUUUCAUCAAUUCCACCGGAUAAUUGGAGACCACCAUUGGUUACAUUAGAAACAUCUAUGGGUAAAAUGGUUGUUGAACUAUAUUGGGAUCAUGCACCAAAUACAUGUAGAAAUUUUGCUGAAUUAGCUCGACGUGGAUAUUAUAAUUCAACUAAAUUUCAUCGAGUUGUUAAAGAUUUUAUUGUACAAGGUGGAGAUCCAACUGGAACAGGACGUGGAGGUGCAUCGAUCUAUGGAAAAUAUUUUAAUGAUGAAAUUACACCUUCAUUAAAACAUACUGGUAAGAUUUCUUUUUUUCUUUUGUUAAAUUAUAUAUAA